GUGAUUUUCUUCAAAAAAUCCCAACAUGCAUCUAUCUAAUCUAAAUCUUGCAUACCUACCUACCUGAAGGACCUUACCUUGCUCUACCCGCAGCACAUACAUAAUCGUUCCCGGCUGCGUGUCGAUAGGCGCGCUCUAUAGAUAGGUUCAUCAUCUCGAGAUGUCUGUCUUAUGGGGUCGAAUACCGACGAGUAACGAGAGCUUUAUCCCGUCCCGUCCCAUCCUCCUCUUCUCCAACCUAAUAAAUCGAGCUCUCUCUUUCCUCCCACUCGCUCCCUCAACACACCCACCACCCACCCAUCCUCAAGCUCCUCCUACCUUACCUCGCACACACACACCACCGCCGAUCCGGCACCUGUAGGCUGUCUGUAC